AUGUCGUCCACCGCCGUCCCCAAGCGCAUUGCGCUUCAGAGGAAUCUGACCGCCGCCUCGUCGGUGGCCAGCUCGAACUCUGUCACACCCUUCGACAGCCCUCGCCAAUCACCUUCGAGCACGUCUUUGUCUUCGCUCGCAUCCGAGGCCCAGGAGGUCAAGAACACAAAGAUGGUGGAUACCUACGGCAACGAAUUCGAGCUCCCCGACUACACCAUCAAGCAGAUUCGUGACGCUAUUCCAGCUCACUGCUAUGAGCGCUCCGGACUUAGGAGUCUGUCAUAUGUCGCCAGGGAUUUGCUCUGCCUUGGUACCACUUUCUACCUCUUCCACAACUUUGUGACUCCUGAGAACGUGCCCAAUGUAUAUGCUCGCUCUGCUGCGUGGGCUUUCUACACCUUUGUGCAGGGUCUCUUCGGUACCGGUCUCUGGGUUAUGGCCCACGAGUGCGGUCACCAAGCUUUCUCUCCUUCCAAGGUUCUCAAUGACACCGUUGGCUGGGUCUGCCAUUCUCUCCUUUUGGUGCCAUACUUUUCCUGGAAAAUCUCCCACGGCAAGCACCACAAGGCCACUGGAAACUUGAGCCGUGAUAUGGUUUUCGUGCCCAAGACUCGUGAACAAUAUGCCUCUCACGUUGGCAAGGCCAUUCACGAAAUCUCCGAGCUCAUGGAGGAGACUCCUAUCCUCACUGCCAGCAACAUGAUCUUGCAGCAACUUUUCGGCUGGCCCAUGUAUCUGCUCACCAACGUCACCGGCCACAACAACCACGAGCGUCAGAUCGAAGGUCGUGGCAAGGGCAAGGCCAACGGUUACUUCGGCGGUGUCAACCACUUCAACCCUAGCAGCCCCUUGUACGAGGCCAAGGACGCUAAGCUCAUUCUCUUGAGUGAUUUGGGAUUGGGUCUUGUUGGCUCUGGUCUCUACUAUCUCGGACAGACCUAUGGCUGGCUCAACCUGCUUGUGUGGUACGGUGUGCCUUAUCUCUGGGUCAACCACUGGCUCGUGGCUAUCACUUACUUGCAACACACCGAUCCCACUCUUCCCCACUACGACAACGAGUCCUGGAACUUCACUCGUGGUGCCGCUGCCACAAUCGACCGUGAAUUCGGUUUCAUCGGCCGUACUUUGUUGCAUGGAAUCAUCGAGACUCACGUCGCUCAUCACUACAUCAGCACCAUCCCAUUCUACCAUGGCGAUGAGGCCACCGAGGCUAUCAAGAAGGUCAUGGGCAAGCACUACCGCACUGAGGCUCACACCGGACCUUUUGGUUUCCUCAAGGCCAUGUGGACCAGCGCCCGUACCUGCCAGUGGGUUGAGCCUAACGAGGGAGCUCAAGGUGAGAGCAAGGGUGUACAUUUCUUCCGCAACCGAAAUGGUCGCGGCUUGCCACCGGCUAAGCUGGCCAAGGCUUGA